GGUCCUGCCUAGCUGAUGCCAGAUCAUGGUCCUUGGCUGGUAAAAGAGAUAAAAUAUAUUCAUGUUCUUAAUCUCUUAGUCCUAGAUGCCUGUGAUGAGCCACCUAGAUUCCAAGGUAUGAAGCCCCAGGAUGAACUUAAACCCAGUUAUAGUCCUGGGGACACUGUACAGUAUGAGUGUCGCCCAGGUUACCAGUCCCUGUCUCCUGGUAGUAACAUCUCUACUGUUUGUUGGAAAAAUAAUACUUGGUCACCUCUCCAGGAAUCCUGUAAAAAAAAAUCAUGUCUGAAUCUAGGGGAUCCCACAAAUGGCAUCGUUAACUACGUCAAUGGAAGUAUUGAAUUUGGUUCACAGGCUCACUAUGUUUGUAAUGAUGGUUAUUACUUAAUUGGGUCAGCUAUUCUUUAUUGUCAAGCUAGUGACGAUUCUAUGGACUGGAGUGAUAGACCCCCAAAAUGUGAAAAGAUUAUUUGUAAACCACCUGGAAAAAUUCUAAAUGGAAAAUACACCAAUAACCACAAGGAAAUAUUUGAAUACAAUGAAGUAGUAACUUAUAGUUGUGAUUCUUCUAAUGGACCAGAUGAGUAUUCACUUGUUGGAAACAACAUGCUUGUUUGCAUUGGGAAUGACAAGUGGAGUAGUGAGCCUCCUGAGUGUAAAGUGGUCAAAUGUGAAUAUCCAGUACUCCAAGAUGGAGAAAUCGUAUCAGGAUUUGGAACAAAAUUUUACUACAAAGCGAAAGUUAUAUUUAAAUGCAAGGAAGGUUUUACUCUUAUUGGCAGCAACACAGUUUUCUGUAAUGCGAACAGUACAUGGGAGCCUCAAAUACCAAAAUGUGUUAAAGAGUCGACUACUCCCAGUACCCAAUCUCCAAUUUCCAGUGUCUCAGUGUCGACUCUACCUCCAAUUCCCAGUGUCCCAGGUUCCAAGCCUAUUUCUCCAACUGUGUCUCCAGGAUCAAGUCAUCCAGGACAUCCCAGGCCCACUGAUGAAUCAGUACCUGAAGACAAUAAGCGUUUAGGUGUAGGACCCAUCAUUGGCAUCGUUGUUGGUGUAUUUGCUGUCUUGGGAGGAAUAGUUGGUGCCUGCGUAUACAAAUGUCUUUCCAAAAACAAAAGCGCGUAUCUAACUGAUGAGAGCCACAGAGAAGUCAAUCGUAUUUCUCCCAGAGAAGAGGAGAUGAAAGAAAGGUUUGCUUUUAUCAAAAAAAAGGAAAACAGAGAUUAGUACUUCAUACAGCGCUUACCGGGAUAAAUCAACUACCUCAGGAGAGCAGACACCCUAAAUGGGUUCCCCAAAACCAUGCAUCAUCUUGUUUUUAUUUUAUUAAAAUGUUAAGCCUACAGUAAAUUUGUAUAGCUACGAUGAAAAAUGGAACGGAGGCCUCAAAAAAUCAAAAACAGAACCAACAUGUGAACAGUAAUGCCACCCUGGGUGUAUAUGUCGGGAAACAGAGUCACCAUGUGGAAGAGAUCCCCACCCCUCCCCGUGUACUGCGGCCUUAUUUACAGAACUGAGACAUGGAAACAGCCCAAGUGCCCACUGAUGGAUGAGUGGAUGAAAAGUUGAUGUAUGGUGGACUACAGUUUAGCCAUGAAAAUGAAGGAAAUCCUGCCAUUUGCAUCAAUACAGAUGGACCUUGAGGAAAUUAUGCUAAGUGAAUAAAUCAUACAGAGAGAGACGAUAUACUUGUAUGAUCUCACUUUAUAUGUGGAGUCCAAAAAAAAAAAACCAAGCCAGUAGAAAAGAAAUCAGAUUUGUGGUUGUCAGAGGCAGGGUGUGCGGGGACAGGAAUUGAGUGAAAGUGCUCAGAAAAGGAACCAGCAGUUAUCAGUCAGACAAGGACUGGGAUGUAAAGGACAGGACAGGGACUGGAGUUAAGGUGGUGACACUGUAUAUUGUAUGUUGCCAAGUUGCUAAGAAAGUAAAUCUUUAUAAAGUUCAAACCACAAUGUAGUGAUGGAUGUUAGCUAAAUUUCUUGUGUUAAUCAUUUUGUAACAUACACAUUAUCAAAUCAUGCCGUUCACCUUAAAUUUACGCAAUGUUAGAAGUAAAUUGUAUCUCAAUACUAAAAGAAAACAUCUAUAAAAAUCAUCAGCUGGUUUCAUACACUGUCAGCAAUGCAACUGUUAAGCCAUAAUGCUAGCAUUUUACCGUGGCUUGAGAAUAGUCACCCUCCUUUAUGCUUCUUUGAAAUGUGUAAGAAUUUGGGUUUGAACACCUUGCUUUUUUCCCUUAACCCUUCUAUUUAGAGGGCAGGUCAACACAGUAUUCCUGGUAGUGUUAAAUGUGGGAAAGUAUUUUCUCUAUAAAAUCUCCAACGUCAGCAUGACGAUUCAAAAUGAAAUUGCAUUUCAUUUGUAAAGAAAGUCAUUUUUGAAUUUUUUUUCUUUUCAAAGAUUAAAGCCAACUCUGAAGACUCAUUCUUUAACAACCACAAAAUGUGCUUUAUAUAUUUAUCAUAAAAAGCCUUGACAAAUCUGUGUACGCUAUUUUGGGCCUUGGACAUUAAAAACAAGAAGAAUGAAUGCUGGGAAUUUGAACUAGUUUGACUUCUUUAAGAGAAUUACUGGAAAAUACUCUCAAAGUUAAUAGGGUAAAAUAGUAUUCUUAAAAGUUAUUUGUAACUCCUUGAUGAUUUAGAGAAGCUAUAAAGUUUAUGUCCGGCCUUAUACUUCAUCUCUUUUGAUAACAAUAAGCCAGUCUGAGAAAUCAAGAAGAAUUCAGCCUCAGUUGCCUGCUUCUGUGAAAAGUGAGGCUCUCACACACAUAACAGGAAGGCCAGCUCAGUGAGAACGUGAACAUUGUGGCCUUGUAGUCUUCUUAAAAAGAAAUCCCCUCUUUAAGAGAAUUAGAAUCCACGCUGAAUUCUGGCUCUAGGAGGUUUUCUCUUUCUUCUUGAGUAAGGAGAUGUCAAACCUAUCAUCUGAAGGUAGGCAGUUUUGUGGGGAGUAAAUUGAUAGGUAACCUCAAGUUGCAUCAGGAUCUUUGUCUCCAUGGGCACCUCUCAUCUGUAAAGGGCAGAGUAAAGAUUCAGUCACAUAUUUCAGAAAAGCAAACUUAACUUUGUGGACUUGCUGUUGGUCAUACAAAAGGAAGGAAAGAGGAACAGCUCAGGUAGCUCUUUAUCUCAGGUGGGGCAGCUCCCAGCCCCUUCUCAGUCCUCACACCAGGCAGGGCCGCUUUCAAAGGAGCCAGUGGUCAAAGAGGAGGGGCUGCCCUCUGCCCCAAAUAACAUUUGUACAGGUUUUGAUGUACAGUUUUAGAGUUAGUAGCACAAAUUGGGGCAAAGAAACAUUGCCUUGAGAAGGAUAUGAGUGGAUCAAGAGGGAACCAGAGUAAAUAAUUUUACUCCCUAAGGACCUGUUUAUAAGGUCCUGUUAAGUGUCCCUUCCCUUUAUAAUCUCUGGUGAGGCAUCUUAGGAAGAUAAGUUUGAGCAAAACUUACAGGAAUUCUUAAUUAGAGUUGAAGCUUUGCUGUACCCAUUUUCACGUAGUUUUCAAAAAUGUAGCACCUGCUCAGAAGAAAGGGGUGACUAGUACUUCCUUGCUAAAGCCCUCAAGUGUUUUCAACCAAAGAUCAUUCUGCUUACAAAAUAAACUGCUUUCUAUAGUAAUUGCCACUUCAAAAUUAGUCUUUCCAACUGAACAUAUUUAUAUGUGAAAUUGAAAUAUGUAUGCAAAUAUAAAUUACGUUGUUAAAUAAUUUGUCACAUAAUGAGGAAACCAUUUUUCUCUAGAAAUAAUUUAUUUAAAUAAGAGGAAAAAAUGUACUUUAAUUUACAAUUUUCUUAAAACUGCAAGAAUAUAUUCAUAGUAGAAUGGGAAGCCCCCCGUCUUUAUUGUUCAUUUUUUGAGACUUGAAUUCUGAAAAAUAAAAUGCAGGUUUGGAGAAGUU